AUGCCCGUGGGAACACUAGACAUCAACGCCAUCGCGGCCCCGACGCUAUUCCCAUCAUACCCAACAUCCGAGACCUUUGUCUUCAAAGAUGUGACUCUGGCAGCUGUGUCGUACCGCGUGCCGGCGGCGCAGGUUGCCCCCCUGGUGCCCCCCGAGCUGGAGCUCGAGGACGAGCCCCUCGUGACGUCCACCUUUGUCGACUACGGCAUGAGCACCGUCGGCAUCUACACCGAGUUCGUCCAGACGGUCGAGGCCACCUACAACGGACGCAAGUUCGACUACACCCUCAUCCUGGUCCUCGACAACGAAGCUGCCAUCUUCGCCGGUCGCGAAGUCUACGGGUACCCCAAGGUCUUCGGCAAGGUCGGACUCGACCCGAACACGGGAAGUCGCCUCAUCACCGGGUUCGCCGACCGUCCUGCUGGACGUCGCGUCAUCGACUUCGAUUUCAUCCCGGAGAAGGUCCUGCCUGGUCUGCCUCCUGUGGAGAAGCGGACUCUCAACCUGCGCGUCAUCCCUUCGCCUAUUCCGGGAAACCCGCCGUCUAUCCGUCAGUUCGUAUCGGUCGAUAUGAACAUGGAGUCGCCAGAGGUCUGGAUCGGCCAGGGAUCCGUCAGCUUCCCCAGGAAGUCGGUCAUUGACAAGUGGGCCGAUUUUGAUAUCCUCCGCUAUGAGGGCGCCAUGCUGGCUAAACGCUGCUCUGCUAGUAUCACUGCUUUUGAGGAGUGA